AUGGCUUCGUCGAAGCUUCUCGCCCUCGGGAUCCUCCUGCUCGUCGUCGUCAACCUCGCGACUUUCGCCGUCGCCGACGACGACGACGACGACGACCGUCCGAAGCGCGAUCGCAAGCGGGACGGCUCCGGCAACCGCGACCAGGAUCGCGACAGGGACCGCGAUCGCGACGGCUCCUGCAGCAAGUCCGGCGGCUGCGCCGGCAGCGGCUCCGGCGGAAGACAGAAUACUGGCGCCGGCCGGCAGGGCGGCGGCGGCGCGGGCGGGCGCGGAGGCGGAGCGGGACGAACGGGGAGCGGCGCUGGCGCUGGUGCGGGUGCGGGUCGUAGCGGGCGGCUGGGCGGCAGCAACAGCGCGGGGAAGGUGCGGCAGGGCAAGAAGGGCGGCGGAAACUGCAGCGGCGGGUCUGGCUCGUGCAACGGCGGAGGCGGAGGCGGAGGGUCGGGGAGAAACGCGGCGGCAGCGAGCAUUCAGAGCGCGGGGUACGUGGUGGCGGAUAACCGGGAGAGGGAUCGCAAGAGGGAUGGGUCUGGCGACCAGGACCGCGACCGCGACCGCAAGCGCGACGGCUCCGGCUCCAGCUCUGGUUCCUCCCAGUGCUCCCGAUCUGGCGGCUGCACUGGCAAUGGCAGCGGCAGCGGUGCUGGUCGGCAGGGGUCGGGGCAGCAGCAGGGCCGCGGUCGUGGCGCAGGCGCAGGUGCAGGCGUGGGUGGUGGUGGUGGUGGUGGUGGUGGUGGACGUGCAGGCGGAGCGGGCGGCAUGAGCGGAGGGGCGGGGCGGCAGGGAGCGGCUGGACGCACUGGCGCAGGUGCAGGGAAGGGGGCUGGCGCGGGGAUGAGGGGGAGCGGUGGGGGAGGUGGGAACUGCAACGGAAGUGGGUCUGAAUCUGCGAUCGUACCUGAAGUGGAGGAGGACCUAUGGCAUGCGUACAACCUCAUUGCUCCGCAUGACCAUGUGCAGAGCACCACGUUCAGGUUCGUGCUCAGGUGGAUGCUCAGGAAGGUGCAGAAGGAGACGGGAGGGGGCGGCAGUGAGUCGGAGAGGAUCAAGCUGAGGCUGGAAGUGACAGUGGAGGAAGUCGAUUUCGAUGCAUCGGCACACGUCAUUCGAGUUCGCGGGAAAAACAUUACUGAGAAUGAGCAUGUGAAGCUGGGGUCAUAUCACACACACACUGGAGCUGGAUCUGCAACGUGGUCGUUUGUAAUCAGCUAUGCCUCUCUCACGCUGCUCUCAUCUCAUCUGCUCCCGUCAUCGCAGCUAGGGUCAUACCACACACUGGAGCUGGAUCUGCAGCGGGCCUUCACACUCACCAAGGACGUGUGGGACUCAGUGGCUAUAGACCGACUCAAGGAGGCAUGUGGUGAGUGGGUGGAGGGGAACAUGGCCAAUGCGGACCUAGCAGUGGUGGUGAUACAGGAGGGGGUGGCUAGCGUACCCUUCAGCCAAUGCGGACUUAGCAGUGGUGGUGAUGCAGGAGGGGCUGGCUAA